AUGAGACUGGACCCAGCUUACAGAAAGCUGCAGAAACUGAGGGACCUGGUGAGAGAACAGAAGGUCCCGUCUAAGAUCAGCGAGGAGAUAGAUGAAGUCCUGGAUCUGAUGAAGAGUCGCAUGGACUAUUGCGAGGGAAUUUCGACACAUCCCAGCAAGGACCUCCAACAACUCGUGCACUCCACGCUAAAUCACCAAUGGCAGACAGCUGUUGACCAGGGAAAGUUGACCGAGAUCCCCAGUACAUUGAUGAUGUCUGGGAAUCUGGAAGUCCAGUUUUUGCGAUCCCUGGCAAGCCUUGGUAACGUAAAGCGUAUCCUAGAACUAGGUAUGUUCACUGGGUGCACGGCGCUGGCAUUCGCAGAGAGCAUUCCAGAAGACGGACAGGUCGUGACCUGCGAACUUGACCCUUAUAUCGCUGACACUGCAAGGUCAUUUUUGGACAAGUCGGGAUGUGGGAAAAAAGUUGAAAUCAUGAAAGGUCCCGCCAAGUCAUCGAUGGAGGUUCUCGCUCAAAAGAAACAGCAGUUUGAUCUAAUCUUCAUAGACGCCGACAAACCAAGCUAUACCACCUACUACAAGAUGAUCUGGGAUUUAGGACUUCUGGCACCAAAUGGGACCAUAGUGGUGGACAAUGUCCUGUUCUUUGGGGAUCCGUACACAAAGGAGGGGUUUAUGGGUGAACGAGGAGAAGGCGUUACCAAAUUCAACGAAAUGGUCAGACAGGACGGAAGUGUCCACAAGAUAAUGGUGCCAAUAAGAGACGGUAUGUUCAUUAUACGGAGGAAGACGGACGUGGACGGCCGGAAGUAGGAGGAAGCCUCUACUGACCCGUUUUAAUUCAUUUUUAUUUCGUGCAACAGCAGAAAUUAUAUGUCUUAAAAACAUUUUAUAAUGAAAGCCACGUGUUCAUGUUAUUACAAAUGUAUGUGACAAUAACAAAUAAAACGAUUCAUUUCUAAUAAAGUAUCUUU